GUGCCGAGGUGUCGCGAGAUGGAUGCUAUGCUGUGAGCCGAGAGUGAGAGUAGACGAUAACUGCAGGAUCCUCUCACGAAACUUACUUCCAUCUGUACAGUAUUAAAAUAAUUAAUAUACAUGUAUGUUCAAAUGCUCAAUCUGCGCAUGUUCAAAUGUGUACUUUUAGACAGUGUAGAUCUACUAGAACUUGUAGCAGCUGUGUGUAGUGGCGACUCAGUGUGGCCGAUACCAGUUUGCCACUCCUCAGUACAAACUCAUGUAUGUGCGUGGUGCAGACAGCGCGUAGAGAAACCACACGAUCGAACAGCACGCACAAACACACAUGCCAUUAGUGGCAUUGCUAGUAAUACGAGUGUCGAAAGCGAUUCUGCGGGAUAAUUACUAUUUCCUGUCGCUGUACUGCAACGGACGCUUCUGCAGCCUGGCCUGUUAUCUUGGCGGAGACAAGUCGACAUGACAUUGGCGGGCAGUGCUGGAUUGAACCCCAAGAGAGCUAGUUCAGAAGUCGUCUUCUCUGCUCUUGGAGAUACUGUCGCCAGGGCUGGUGGUGCUGGCAGCACAUGUAGCUAUCUUGGGCCACCGACGGCGCGUGGCGCUCUCACUCUCCUGUUGUACGCCGUUGCUGGCUACUGCGCGUCUGAUUUGCUCUUCCCAGCAAGAAUUGGUCAGCAUGAUUAUGGCGUUCAGACCCCCACCGCACAGCCCGCCCGCGCAGCCCGUCCAACCUCUGCAUCGACGGCAUUCGCAGAUCUGAAGCGGGCGCUGGCAGGAAGCUUGCAGCAGGGGAUGACGGCAACUUCCGAGAGUUCGAUCAACAACGACGACGACACUGGUAGUGGACGAGCCACCGCGGAUGAUGCCAAGGGUAACGGCGUGGCCGCUGGUACUCCAACUGGAGAUGCAAGUGAAUGGACAAGAGUGGCUGUAAUCGUGCCAUAUCGCAACAGAAGCAGACAGCUGCAGAAGUUCGCCUCGUCUUUGAGAGAGUUUCUACGAGGGCAGCGCAUCGUCUUUGAAGUGUUUAUCGUGGAACAAGGGUUCACAAGCCGUUUCAACCGCGGCGCCCUGUUCAACAUCGGAUUUGUGGAGAUGAAUCGCGGACGUCCAGCGGACAAGCAGUUCCAAUGCAUCGUGCUGCAUGACGUGGACUUGAUACCCGUGGCGAAGCGGAACACGUACGACUGCAUGCAGACGACCAAGGUGUGGGCAUGGCAACUGAGUAGCGCUAUAGAUGUGUACAACUGGGGACUACCGUUUGAGACGACCGCAGGCGGUGUAAACAUGUUCAUAAGCGAGCGAUACGCACAGGUGAACGGUUUUAGCAACAGAUACUUUGGCUGGGGAGGAGAAGACGAUGACCUUCAGAAACGUAUAAAAGUGAUUGGUGGCUAUCGACGUCUGGACAAGAGUAUCGGACGAUACGUUGCUCAGAAGUCAGGACACACCGCGGGUCGCAAGAAUCCGUUGCGUUUCCAGCUGUUACAGGUAGCGGAAAAGCUUGCGCGACAUGAGGGGCUUCCGACGAUCAGAUACCGUCUGUUGCGGCGACAAACCGUUCAACAGUUCACCCUGCUUCGCGUAGACAUUUGGCCACACGAGGAUGGCGAUGUACACCGGUUCAGCGAUGCCGGCCUGAGUGAGAUACAGCUGCAAAUGAAGUACCGCUUCGUUCCGCCGCCCGAGAUCAAGUAUGACGACUAGCACUAGCACCUGAAAAUCGCAACAGCAUCCUGUAAACGAUACCGUUUCCAGUCGUGAAACCGUUGGUCUAAUCGCUGUUCUAUUUUCUAUCGCGUUUGAGCUUGUGAUACGGCCAGACUUGGCUCAUCCGGUCAUCGGCAAAGCGGCAAUGCACUCGCCGUUGUGAAGUCCAGCAGCCACGUGGCGCUUGCCUUGCAGCCGCGAGCACUGCUGGCUCCGUGUUUAGUGUGUGUACGCGAACCAUGGUGCAUGCACGCACUAAAAAGCAGUGAGGGCGCCAGUCUCGCUCAUCCCAACGGAUUUCAAUGUCGACCGACAGUACACAGAGCAUAUUGACAGUGCCCACUGUUCUAGAGGUGAGCAUCUCAUCCUACACGACGGUGUAUGAAUACUCACUCUGUGGAAUAUCUAGUACACCCCCCCCAGUGCCAGAAUGAAGACUUCAAAUACUUCAUAGCUCUUGAUCCUCCGCAGAAAUCAAUUUCUGACUGGCAUAAUAUAACAGUACUAUUAUGUGUGCGUGUAUUUAAUUUAACAAAUGGCCGCAGGUUUCGGCUGGCACCGUCACCGGCAAAUAUCUGUGUAGAGCGGCAGAGUUCCACAAUAUUAUUUAUCUAUCUGUAUCGCUGAAGUGAACUUUGCAUUGGACGGUUCUCAUCCUGUAACCUCCAGAGCAUGCAUUUAACCCCCCCCCCCCCCCGCCCUUCAGGUAUCCAAUGAGAUGCGAUUUUGGCGCGGGUGCCACAUUGACCAGUACUGCACAUCAAGGCUGAGCAGUACAACGCACGUUUGUGUGUGUGUGUGUGUGUGUGUGUGUGUGUGUGUGUGUGUGCGUGCGUGUGCGCACGUGUGUGUGUGUGUGUGUGUGUGUGUGUGUGCAUGCGCGUACGUGCGUGUGUGUAUGGCACGUCAGGCUGGGUCCGCGGUUCAUUUUAUUCUAAUCCACCACGCCGUGCGUGUGUUUAGCUGCAGUAAAACAAAUCUCCUCUCCCCAGCAAGUUCUGGACAAAGCUAGCUAGAGGCCAGGAUAACGAUAAUGCUCAGAUCUUUCAAACAAUUUUCAAUGUUUUAAUAUACGAAUGGCUCUUUGAUUGAACAAUUAAAUUUUGACACAUACAUAUAAUAUAUAUUAUACUUAGAAAGACUAUGCCUGUAGCUGCAGAAA